AUGGCGAGCCCCGGGGGGCCCCCCUGCUUCUGGUCCCCGGCCAUUGGGGUCCUCGCCGACGUGGGGGGGGGCCGAGGCGCUGGAGUUGUGGCCAAAGAAUUCAUAAAGGCCGGCAAACUACUAGCUCGCCAGAGUGGUCCAUUGGUCUGCCAGGGCCUUUUUGCUGCUGCUGCUGCAGCAAACGGGCGCGGUGCUGCAGCAGCUAAACGCUGCAGCGCAUGCAAGGCCGUCACUUACUGCAGCACGGAGUGCCAGCGGGCCGCCUGGGGCCGCCACAAGGCCGAGUGCCCCAUCUUCAGCCAAGUUGCAGUGGGGCUGUAUGGACCGCCGGUGUGUCGGUUUAACCAUUCUUGCCUUCCAAAUGCUGCAGUUGUCUUUGGGGGCCCCCGGGGGCCCCUGGAGAUGGCCAUUUAUGCUUCUCGUUCGAUUGUUAGUGGAGAAGAGAUUUGCAUUUCUUACAUUUCUGCUGCUGCUCCGCGGGCGGAGAGGCGGCGGCGGCUGCUGCUGGCCUACGGCUUCAACUGCACGUGUGCCCUUUGCUGCAGCUGCAGCAGCGAGCCGGCGACGGGCAGCAGCAGCAGCAGCAGCAGCAGCAGCAGCAGCGGCCAAGGCAGCGGCCGCAGCGUCUGCAGCAGCACCAACGCGUGCUGCGGCGGCCCCACAUCCGGCCCCAGUGCCAGCAGCAACGGCAGCAGCAGCAGCAGCGCCAACGGCACUGCCGGCGCCUCCAGCCCCAGCAGCCUCAGCAGCAGCAGCAGCAGCAGCAGCAGCAGCAGCAGCAGUGGCCUUCCGGUUUCAUUCUCUCCCGCUGAGGCUUUUGACCUGCAGCUGUCUGCUGUCUUCUGCCCCAAAGCUUCUUGUGUCGCCUUGCGCAGCUCACCAGAAGCAGAUGUGCUGCUUCAUUUAGAAAGAAACAGCCAGCGGUUUCUAGAAGGGGGCCCCCCUGGGGGGGCCCCCCUAGGAGGGGGGGCCCCCUUUGGGGCGGGGGGCCCCCCUGGAGGGGGGCCCCCCCCCAAGGGGGCCUCCCCCUUGAAAGACCCGCGGGCCCUAGAAGCAGCAGCAAGGCAGUGGAAGCUGCGGCUGCCGGUCUGCUGCAUGCACAGGCCGGAGGCCAACUGCUGGGAGCCCCUGCGACUUUGCGCAGCAGAGCCAAGGGGGCCCCCCAGGGGCCCCCAGGCAGACUCCUCUGAAGAGCCUAGCUUGUUCACGCUGCCUCAGAUCGAGCAGCUGGGGGCCCCUGGCGAGAGGGCCCCCUCGGGCGCCCCCCAGGGGGCCCCCCCGGGGGCCCCCGCAGGGGCCCCCCUAGGGGCCCCCCUAGGGGCCCCGGGGCCUGCCAUUCGCUGCUGCAUGUGCGAAGGCACUCUUGCUGCGGGAGAGGUGAGGGGCCUCGCAGCGCUGAUGGGGAGGCUGAGGAAAGCUGUAGAUCGUUUUUGCUGCAUCUGCUGCACUGCAGAUGCAGCAGCAGCAGCAGAGGAAGGAGCUGCGGUUUUGCAGCUGUUUGCUGCUGCUCGGGUGUACGUACACCCCGGAAACCUGCAGCUCAGCGCCAUUGCAGAGGACAUACACCGCGCCUGCAAAGGCCUCGUGGCUGUUUACAACGGGCUCGGGCUGGCAGCAGCGCAGCAGCUGUCUCGUGCUGCUGCUGCGCUGCACGGCCGCUUCAACUCCCCGCGCGCUGAGCUGCUGCUGACGGAAGGCUCUUUGCUGCUGUUCCUUGCGCAGUCCGACACUGAGGCGGAGGCGCGGAAGGCUUGGCAGCUGUGCGUGGAAGCCGACGCUGCAGCCGAAGCAGCGCCCGCAGCAGCAGCAGCAGCAGCAGCAGCAGCAGCAGCAGCAGCGGGGGCGCUGGAGGAGGAAACAGGCUCGGAAGCAAGGGCCAAGCUGGCUCUCCAGGCCCGCGAGUGUCUGCUGCAGGCCUGCAGCAUCUUCUUCUCCUUUGAAGGCAGCAGCGCCGACAGAAAAAAGGGGCGGCUCGCAGAAGAAAGACUGGCGGACUGCGAAAGGGAAUUGGCCGCUCUCGGCUACGACAUUUAG